AUGGAGAUUAAUAAGGCAUUCUUUCGUUACAUUCUACCAAAGGCCUACAAUACCAGUAUCUUGUCUACCAGCUUGUUGAUUUAUACUCUAAAAAAGAGCCAUCAUGAUACAGGAGUAUUCAUGCUGGGACUCGCCAUCGGCUUAUUUAUCCAAGCCCUACUAACAGGCUUCCAUGCUUCCUUGGCAGACGCUCUGGUUCGCUAUCAGUCCGAAAUGCAUUUUAUAGUCUCCAGCGGGCUCUUUAUUUGCUCAACAGUCCUUGGCUUUGGUAUGGUUAAACAUCAAGAAAAGCAGAAACAAUCCAGCAUGAUGACACAUUUAGCUACCAUGUUGACGCCCUUCCUAUUUAUUCUGAAUCAGGGCAUCGACAUUAACCUCUACUUGAUCAGAAACACAAGACUGACAUGGCACGCAGCCAUAUUCACCAUUUUGACAAGCGGCUUUGUUUGCAUACUGUUUAGCGCUGUGUUCUUUGCAGUAGCAUGCUACUUUCCUCAUUGGAUCCAGCAGUGUGUGUACAGCAUUGUGGUUUAUUUCACUGGUGCAAUUGCACUGGCCAACAUGUGCGGCUACAUUGAAUUGAUCCAACAUCCCGUUCAUAUGAAAGGACUCGUGUAUACACUUCGUCAAUCACAAAAGACAUCCUUGGGCAACAUUCGACGUCUCUUUAAUGCGGCCUUGGGCAUCAAAGACACAGAGGCUACAAAUUGGGUAGGUACAGGAUAUAGUCUUUAUUGGUUCAGCGUUUCUUUUGGCUUAAUUUACAAGAGAUUGAACCAUGAACGAUAA